UAGGUUUUUCUAAAAACUCUGUAGAUAAACAUAGUUAUUGCCACUGCUGUGCUUGUUCCUGAUACGUUAGCAAGCAAUAGAUUAAAAUUUAUCGAUAACCAGUAAGCCAAACAUGUUGUACAUGUAAUGGUAUCUAUUUAAGUUCAACUGCUGGCUUAUUACGGUGUGGCUCGUUGGUCUAGGGGUAUGAUUCUCGCUUUGGGUGCGAGAGGUCCCGGGUUCAAAUCCCGGACGAGCCCAAUUUUUUUUAUCUGUUUUACAACCCAGCCUUUAUUUUAAUGAUCGUAACUGCCCUUUUACUUGUUUUAUUUUAAUACGCCCAUUCGUGUUUGCCGUAUUAAAUUGUGAAAGGGCCACUAUUGUGUUUCAUCCUCUUUUUACAACGAUCCAGUUCCACACCCCUUUUCCCACCUGUCCUCCAUCAAAAACCGAACAAAGACCCAGCCCUGUCCGCUCUACUUCCCCAGCUGUUGGCCAUGAGUGAAUGGUCGAGAGAAGAGAAAGAGAGAGAGAGCGAGAGAGAGAGGGACGCUUCUCUUCCGCCCCCACAAAACACAUCACACGUUCAGAACAGGCGGCAGACGAGCCGCGUCUCCCUCUGCGUUCUGUCCAGUCUUCAAUUAUACUUGAAAAGGGGCAUCGGGUGUGUUUUGUGAAUUACGAUAAGACGGGCUUCACGCAAACUGAACAGGGGAGUUCAGGGAAACGCACCACUUAAACAGCAUUGCUCAUCAGCAACAGAGCAGGGAGGUUUCCACCAUGGUUCUGUGUGAGGACGGCGAGUGCAGCGUCUGCCUCCAGCCGUACUCGAGGAUGGACAGGAUCCCCCGCAUGCUGCACUGCAGACACACCUUCUGUGAGCCCUGCCUUGAGGCCAUGUCGCAGGUCAGGAGCAGGCUCCAGACCGUGGGCUGCCCCCUGUGCCGUCGCGUGACCUGCAUAAGCCGCGGCCUCAGCCUGCAGGAAGCUCUGUGGGUCAACAGCAGGCUCUGGGACCAGAUCCUGGAGGAUGUGGACAGAGAGGAGGACCAGGAAGACCACCUGAAACAACAAGCUGAGGACCAGAGGACAGAAGCUACACAAGAAAGUGUCCUACGAGUAGAGCGUGUUCCCAUCAGGUCCAGAGCAAAACUCAAGUUGCCCGGAUUCUUCAGAAGGUUCAGUUUAUUAAAGCAAAGCCAAGAGAGGAUCGUGCCUGGGAGUAAUGUGGAAAUGAAAUCCUGGCGUAGGCUUUCAACUGAAGAGACGGUUUAAACAAAGAACUGACAAUGACAACAAGGUGAAACGUCCCCAAGACAGUACUUUUACUUUUCAGUGUCAAAGCCCGUGAGUGUGAGACGUGGCUCAGCUUUGUCCGAAGAAACCAAGUUGAGUCCGUUACGACUGAGAAUCCAAUUGUGUUCCUGUCAGGACAUUGUUUUGUUCCAGCCAAAGGUGCCCUUUCCUCCCCACUGCCCCCGUUAUUUAUUGUAGGCUUAAUUCCCCCAGCUGGUGCUUGGGGAUUUGGUUCAGUUGUCCCAGUGUGGCUAACACCCCGAGAGCCCCUGGAACCAGAUGGCCUCCAGAGGACGCUCCCUUUUACAUUCCCCUCAAUAACGUUAAGUACACAUUGUUUCCUUCUAUUUAUGGCGGUUGGUUAUAAUAUUUAAUAAAUAUUUUUACAAGUAUUUUUUCUUGUAAAUGUUAAUUUUGUGUGAAUCUAAAGUCUACAUUUUAAAAAUUGUUUUGUAAUAGUAAUAAAAUGUGAAAAUGAAAUGAAAUGA